CCUCGCUAUUCGUUCAUUUGCACGAUAGACAUUAGGCCUAUAGGGCAUAGGCGAAAAAAAUACUUUUUCCUUUGUCACAUGGCAAGUUGACAUUCCCACAUUCCCUUGGGAUGUAGGAUUAGUCAACUCAGUAGCCUAGAGACAAAAAGUCUAUCAGUCUCAUAGGGUUUGUGUCAGAACUCGUAUCAUACGAUACUGCUUAUUAAAUUAAUUUAUUUUAUUUUAUUUCGUCGUUAUUGUUGAUUGGAGUAUGGCUAGUAUCUAUGGCCGCCACGAAGAACGCAGUACUCUUGCUUUGAUUACCACAGGAUUUCAAGAAUUUUCUCGUACUUCUGGGGUCUAUCUAGCAAAAGUUCCACUUGUCCACAAAUUAGUUGCUGUGGGAACCUUGGUCAUAUCAACUAUUUUGGUUGGAAGUUUUCAUUUUCUGAGAGGCAGAAGAAUGGUCGAUCACCAAGAUGAGGGGUUAUUUCAUAACAUCAAGAAAUAUAAAGUGGUUAAGGUGUCCCUGAAUGCAGUUGAUCGUCUCCUUCACAUGGUUGAGUCCUUAAUUGUUCCAAGACACAAUGUGAUGAAAGACAAGCAGUCUCCUAAGGUGAGCUGUGAGGUGUCUUCCAAUUCCAUGUGCAAUGAAUUAAAUGGUCUUCCCAAAUUACUGAAUCUUCGUCACAUAUCUUCCUCAAAUGGUACUCCUUGUAACCAACAAAAACCAUCUGAUGCUGAAGACUGGACUCCAUUUUCUUCAGUCUCUACAGCUGUCGAUGAAAGCGUUUUCGAUCGUAGCUGUGUAUCCUUAAUGGAAGAUUUAUCGCAAAGCACAAUUUCUACACCGAUUCGCGAUUUGCGUCAACAAAUGGCUUCCAAAAUCCGAGCAUGGCGUCUUGCGAUACAAGAUCUGGAGGAUAUUCAGGAAUUUCCGUCUUGGUCUCCAAGCCCUUCUCGUGGAGUGCAGAAUCAGAACUUUUUUACCCGCAUAUUGAAUUCGCUCUCCGGGUGGUUACCGCUACGUUUGACUGGUUCAGCUAAUGCUACAGUACCAGGAUCAGGACGCAAGAGGAAGCGACUGGACGCUGACGAUGACGACUUAGCCUUGUAUAUUCCUCAUUAUAAAGGCCAGUCGAAACUGAAUGGAGGAGGAUUGCUGAGCUCUGAGGCCACUGAACAACCUCCUACGCUGACACUCUCGAUGGUUCCUAUAAUUGGAAAUUGGUUUUCUCCAGUUCAACUGGAAACCACUAAGGACAACCGUGAAUCUCAACUAGACCAUAUUUCUUUGAUACAGCGUGAUUGCGACUCUCCUCUGAAACAAGCAUCAAAUUCAACAAGCGACAGUGAUCCUUACGAAAUAAUAGAUACCGAAGCUAGCAAUGGGGAAGAUGUUACUUCGGAGCAACAGAAUGAAGUUCCUGUCGAAUGUCCUUAGACCAUGGAGUUUGAGUGGAAGUAAAAAUUUGUUCUUAAAAUACAAAAUUGUAACACACUAGAA